ACCCUCCGGCACUUUAAUCCAGGCCUGUUUGUUUAUUUAUUUGUAUAUAUAUAUAUAUGUAUAUAUAUAUAUAUAUACAUAUUUAUUUUUUUUCCCUCUUUUCUUUAAUUGUGUUUUUCUCGUAGCUCAAGCACAUUCAUCGAUACAUGUGCCUUCUAGACAGGCAGAUCAUUUUGAAGAUCUCAACAAAGUGAAGUGUGGCAUGACAACAUGAAUUCACCUUACACAGCUGUGCAGUAUUACCCCGAGAUCCCCUUUCAUCGACUCAGGGACCCCUCAUCUUGUUUGUCCUGGAGAGAGAGCUCAUUCCUCACCGCCAUGUCUCAGAAUCAGUCAGCACAGACUGACUUAUUCAGCCAAGAUGUGUUCAACCAAUUGUUUGAUAUGCUGGACCAAUCUGCCAUUCAUUCAGUCCAGCCCAUUGAGCUGAACUUCACAGACAGUCCAACAGAUGGGUCUACAGGAAACACCAUUCAAAUCAGUAUGGACUGCAUAACCAUGCAUGAGCCAGAAGACAUGUUCUCUUCACAGUAUACAAACCUGGGGCUCCUGAACAGCAUGGAUCAGAACAUUCAGAACGGUGGCUCAACCUCCACCAGCCCCUACAACAACGACCAUGCACAGAACAACGUUACCGCUCCGUCACCCUACGCCCAGCCCAGCUCCACCUUUGAUGCCCUUUCUCCCUCACCCGCCAUCCCAUCCAACACAGAUUACGCUGGGCCCCACACCUUUGAUGUGUCUUUCCAACAGUCUAGUACAGCAAAGUCUGCCACCUGGACGUACUCAACAGAACUGAAGAAGUUAUACUGCCAAAUUGCCAAGACAUGUCCGAUUCAGAUCAAAGUGCUGACCAACCCACCGCAGGGCGCCGUUAUCAGGGCCAUGCCUGUUUAUAAAAAGGCCGAGCAUGUGACUGAAGUGGUCAAGCGCUGCCCGAACCACGAGCUGAGCCGCGAGUUCAAUGACGGUCAGAUAGCUCCUCCGAGCCAUUUGAUCCGUGUGGAGGGAAACAGCCACGCCCAGUAUGUGGAGGACUCCAUCACUGGGAGACAGAGUGUACUAGUUCCUUACGAGCCUCCCCAGGUGGGGACAGAAUUCACCACCAUUUUGUACAACUUCAUGUGCAACUCGAGCUGCGUGGGUGGAAUGAACAGACGCCCAAUUCUCAUCAUCGUCACUCUGGAAACCAGAGAUGGUCAGGUAUUAGGCCGACGCUGCUUCGAGGCCAGGAUCUGCGCCUGCCCGGGCCGAGACCGGAAGGCAGAUGAGGACAGCAUCCGCAAGCAGCACGUAACAGACGCCACAAAGAGCAGUGAGGGUACGAAACGCCCCUUCCGCCAGGUUUCCCAUGGCAUACAGAUGUCCGCCAUCAAGAAGAGGAGAUCCACAGAUGAGGAGGUUUUUUGUUUGCCUAUCAAAGGCCGUGAAAUUUAUGAGAUUUUGGUAAAAAUCAAAGAGUCUCUGGAACUCAUGCAGUUUCUGCCACAGCACACAAUAGAGUCAUACAGACAGCAGCAGCAGAAUCUACUUCAGAAACAAACUUCGAUGCAGUCUCAGCCCUCCUUCGGCAGCAGCUCGCCCACUCACGGCAAAGUCAACAAGCUGCCCUCUGUCAGCCAGCUCAUCAACCCCCAGCAGCGUAACACACUCACCCCAUCCAGCAUGUCUGGGGGCCUCACUGACAUGACUCCUAUGAUGGGCACUCACAUCCCCAUGAACGCUGACAUGAGUUCACUGAGCCCCACACAUGCACUGCAGCCACAGCUACCCCUGGUGCCCUCCUCCCACUGUACUCCCCCUCCUCCAUACCCCAUGGACAGCAGCAUCUCCAGCUUCCUCAUACGGCUGGGCUGCGCAGGCUGCUUGGAUUACUUCACAGCACAGGGCCUAACCAACAUCUACCAGAUUGAGAACUAUAACAUGGAGGACUUGUCCAGGCUGAAGAUCCCUGCGGAGUUCCAGCACAUCAUCUGGAAGGGCAUCAUGGAGCACCGACAGGCCAUGGAUUUUUCCCCUCCCCACAUAGUGCGUACCACCAGCGGAGCCUCCACUGUCAGCGUGGGCUCCUCUGAGGCCAGGGGUGAACGCGUCAUCGACGCCGUGCGCUUCACCCUGCGCCAGACCAUCUCCUUCCCGCCCCGCGACGAGUGGUCCGACUUCUCCUUCGACCUGGAUUCUCGCCGCAACAAACAGCAGCGCAUCAAGGAGGAAGGAGAGUAGGACGACCGGCUCGCCGCCUUCAUCUCAAUGCGCCUGCUUCUCAUUUCACGCCUGCUGAUGGAACAUUUCAUUUGAAAACCCUGGUAUUAGUGCAAACACAGCUGAGAACAAAGUACAUACUCACACGGAAAUGCACUUAUUUACAUUUUUGCUCUAGUUCUCGUUACUGCAGAGGAGACAUUAAUGGUGUUUAGCAAAGGUGCAUUUUAUUUUUAUUUCUUGAGCACUUAAGAAAUGCUGAGGAUUUCAAGAUUGCUUUGUGGUUUUGUUAAGUGUUCACAAUUCAUUCCCCUGUUGAGGCAUGACUGGAAACAAACCUGCAUUAAAGGGCUUAUAAGGGCUUAUAUUUCUGCUAUGAAAGUGUAUUUUAAUUUGUAAUUCUUUUACGUUUUCACCAUUAUGGCUGUUAGUCUGGUACACUGGUGUUCAUUUGUGGCAGAAGUACGCAUUGAUUGUAUACAUUUCAAACAUUUCCUCUCAGAAGUAUUAUGUCAAUUGAUGGGCAAGUUAUUUUCUGCUGUAGCUUCUAUAUUUUGCAUUUUUUUUUUUUUCCAUGUGUUGUGACCACUGCAUCACCUUAUUGAGUCAGGUUGUGAAGUAUGUGUGUGUCCAAGUGACAGAUGGUCAUUCAUUUGAUGUAGCCAUAUAUAGGCCUAAUGCUCUUGACCCAGUGUUUUACAGUUACAUGGUACUAUGACUGAUGUCCUUUUUGUUUAUUCUUGUUUACUGCUGUGCAAAAGUGGUUGUGAUUGCAUUUUGAGAGCAGGCUUUUGCUGCGGAUGCCUAGCACAAGUAUUUUUUUAUUCUUGAACCAUGUUUUGGUAGAGGUUUAUUUCAUCCUGAUAACUGGCCAAAACCAAACCUAAAUGUAUAUAAAUUUGUAUAGUUGUUUUUUCUAAAAGUCACCCUAGAGAAAUUGCAUGACUCUGAUCAAGAACCAAACAUAUUGAUGUGAAUACUGUCUGGUUGUUGUACCAGUAAGAACAAUGUUUGUUUUCAAUGUGUGUGCCCAGCAUUAAACCACAAGUUCAGAUUUGUUUCAGUAGUCUGCGUUGUUAGAAAGCAGAAACCAACUGCAGUUUCAUAUUUUUGUACAAUGUAUUGUAAAUAUGUUGCAAUAUAUCAAGGGUAUUUUGAUAUAAUUUUGAAAUAAAUAUCCAUACUUGCUGUAUUGCAUGUUAACACUC